UCCAGAAUAGCGCGCGGCAGAGGAGCAGCAGCCGCGAGGAGCCGUUGAGCUCUUUCUCUGGUUUACCUCGCUAGUGAGUCUGUUUAUUUAUGUCGGAUUUGUGUUGUCCGGAAUAAGCCUGGCUGCGGGGACAUUUACGGCGGUAUGUCGGUGCUAAGGGAGAACCAGUGUUACGGACUGUCCAGCGGUAAACUGAGCCGCGACGGUAACAUCUCUGUUUUUCAUGUCAAACUCACUGACAGCGCGGCAAGAGCCAUUGGCACCUUUCAAAAGGGCUGGUCCUCUCAUCCCACUAUCUGUUUUAGUGGAAACCAAGGGAGAAUCACCAUCCCUUGCUCAGAGAAAAGAGAUGAAGUGAGGAUAUUCACCUUCGGCGUGACGAAUGUAGCCCGUGACAAUCCACACGGAAGCUUUGACUGCGUCCAACAGCUCAGUGCUGGUGCUGCCGAGGAGCUGUCAUGUCUUGGGGUGAUUCAGAAAAAGAUGACAGUCAACGCUACAGAUGACUCGUACGAUAAGGCUCGUCAGAGCAUGGCCCAAGCUGAGGAGGAGACACGUAGCCGAGGGGCCAUUGUCAUCAAACAUGGGGGGCGCUACCAGGGCAAGAAGGUAACUGUGCGAGCCCCGGCGCCUGCGCUGGCCAGCCUGACCAAGCCCAAACAGUCACCCCAGUCCUUCCUCAGCAACAGUAAGAGGGGGGAAGGUGUGUCCAAGUUGAAGAAGGGUGCUGGUGCGUCCAACAGGAGGAGUGUGGGUGUUGUGCAGGAGAGGCCGCUCAGGGAGAGAUUAACACACCUCCUGGCUCUGAGGCCGUACAAGAGGCCUGAGUUGAUCCUGAGGCUGCAGAAAGACGGAUUGUCAGCGGGAGACAAAGAUAUGCUGGACUCUGUACUGACGGAGGUUGGACAGCUCAACAGCAGGGACAAAACAUUUGUUCUGAAGGAGAGUCUAUAUAAGGACCUGCAGAAGGACUGGCCAGGCUAUACCUCAGGAGACCAGCAGCUGCUUAAAAGAAUCCUUGUCAGGAGACUGUUUCAGCCACAACAGAACCUCCUCACUGUCCCUGAGGCCCAGGUCAGCCCACUGCGAGACACCCCCAACUCCUCCCCAGCACAUCGUCCAAAACAUUCCCUGCCAGAGGAAUACACCGACCCUCUGGCCAGUAAGAAGCCCAGGAUAUCCCAUUUGUCUCGCAAAACAGCCAGUGACAAGUCAAGAUUGAGGCCAUCUGAACAAGUGGCUCAUAAAGACAUCAACGAAGUGAGAGCGGAUGACGGCAAAAGGAAUGCACUUGACCCUCGAAAGCUGUUGGACUCCCUGUCAGCAGUAUGUCAGCAGGAAGAGGAGGUGGCUAAAAGGCUUGAGCCAACUCCAUGUGCCCAGGAGGAGCCUGAAAGCCCAGAUGACCAUCCUCAGCCCGACUCUGAUCGCCCUCCAUCCCCUCUGAUAGUGCCUGAUCUGAGUAGACACACAACAAAAAGGAAGAAGAGCAAACACAAACACAGAGACCAGGAGAAGGACAGGCGGAGAGAAAGUAAAGAAAGGGGAAAAGAUCACAGUUCAGAGGAUCCAAACAACAAAGUCUUGCUGGGCUGCCCAGAGCCAAGUGAAAUUUUCUUUGAUUCCAAUGUGCUUCAAGUGGACAAUGACACAGCAGAUUAUUUAUUGAUAUACACAGUGAUUUGCAGCCAUGACCAGAGGCAGAGCUACAAACAGGACUUUAACAAGGAGUACAACGAGUACAGAGAUUUACAUGCUCGCAUUGAUGGUGUUACCCGGCAGUUCAUGGAGCUGGACACACAGCUCAAACAGCUUCACCAGGAAUCACGUAAAUACAAGACGGUUCGUAAUCAAAUUCUUCAAGAGUAUCGCAAAAUUAAAAAGUCCAACCCCAACUACAACCAGGACAAGAUUCGCUGUGAAUAUCUGCACAACAAACUGGCCCACAUCAAGAAACUCAUAUCAGAGUACGACCAACAGCAGCUCAGUGUGGAGCGUUCUUGUCCUAACUGAUGACUGACUCCGAGACAAGUGAACUUAGAGAUCAUAACAAACACCCUGAGCCAAGGGAGGUUCACGCUGCUGACCUAAAUGCCAUUGGAUGGAAUCGGAUGGUCGUGGCUAAAUGUAGUCUCUCAAGACCUGCUGAAGAUGCCAGUGAGGUUGGGAGUUGUUUGUUACGAGCAGCAGUGGGAAGUUGAGUGAACAGCUCUAUGAUAUGAGAUCUUGGUUUAGAAGAUGAGACAUCUUCUUUGAAAAAUGGUUUGACCAGUGAGCUGCUACUGCAGUGACAUGAUACUGCCAAGGACACAAGUAGUAACAGUAGUUUUACUAAAGGUCUGAAAGCUGAAACUGAGCUCUUACUCUUUAAAAUGAAAACGGUUACAUGUGGAAAGAUGGUGCUAAGCCUGAAAACACCUGUAGAUUCCCUUCCCCGUUACACAUUUUAGUUCUUUUGUGAAUGAAAUGUAAACAUCAAUUUGGAUAUUUACUUAUGUGUUCUGUUAGCCAUGUCAAUGUUCACAUUUUGUGCUGGAAUAUGAGAUAACUGCACACUGUACAUACCCAGACAGCUCAUAAGAGUGGAAGGUUAAGUUUUCUAGCAGCUGGGAUGCAGAUGUGCACAACUGUCCUUCAGUAUUCUGUCCUUCAGAGACUGUAUCAGUGUUGUUGUCGGUUCUCCUCUGAUCGGAUCUGCUCAGUAAUGACUCCUGAAAGUAUUGCUGAUGCCUGAAAUGGUUACUAACUGUGGUCUGGAUUCAUAGUAUUCCAUUGGUGUUAUCCCUCAUGUGAUUUUCCUGGAACACAGAAGGCUGUUAUGUUGAACACAAUGUGAACUUGAAGUUAUAUUCAGGGAAUUUACAGUGUGAGUUGCAGUAAAAGUAUGAUAAUUAAAACCAGUUUUAAUUUUAGAGUAUUCAAAGUUAUGUUAUUAUUGUUUGUGUAGGCUGAGACGGUGAAGAAUUAAAAAAUGAACAGAU